AUAUAUAUAUAUAUAUAUAUAUAGGAUGCCAUUUAGGUUGAUUCCCAUCCCCUGUCCCUGGCCUUGACUCCAGACACAAACCCUACCUUAUUGAUUCAAUAUAUGUAGGGAUGGACACCUGUUCUGCUCUGCUUCCUUCUCGCUCUCUUUUUUUACCGUCUUGAUUAUGUGGGUUUUUAUCUGCGCCAAACUUGGUGCAAAACCACGCCCACGAGUAGCCGAGCAAAAGCCGCGCUGAUUGGACAGCUUGUUCUGACGUUCCUUUUCCAGGAAGUAAACGCGACAUUUUCGGGUUUGCUAUAUAAGCUGGUAUCAAAAUAAGAAAAGUAACUCCUAGCGACAUCAACAGACUACAAAGCGUUAUUGAUUUUCCUCGCAGCCAGUGGACUGAAGAUUGUCGACACUGCUGGAAAUAUUUUCAAGCUAUUAUCUAAGCAAGUUUACAUUUGCAAAGUAGCUAGCUAGCUAGUCGAGUGUGCUGCUGUGUUGAGACGGACAACCAUCAUCAACGGUAUUGCUAACUAACGUUAACCUCAACUAAAGAGCUUUCCCCGUUGUCACGUGCGCUACCGUCGCCGCUCCAAUAUGCCUCGCGAGUGCGCUGUUAAAACGUGCGACAACAAGCAAAAGACUUGGUCGGCUCUAAUGUUUCACCGACUUCCACUGAGUCAUCCGGACCGAUUGAAACUGUGGCUGAUUGCUCUGAACAAAGAUGCUAAUACCGCGACCGACGACCUCAGAAAGUUACUCGUUUGCUCGGAACAUUUUCUACCGGGAGACUAUUACGAGAAGCUGGGACAGGACAGACACAGCAGGAUGAGAAUCAUGAAAAGUUUCCUGAAGGAUACAGCGGUGCCGUCGGUGGCCGUUCACACGCCAGGACAACGUGGAAUAAUUUCGGUUGAGACGGGAGACGUACCUCCAGGGACUGCCUCCCUGUCUGCUGGGGGGGCAUCUGGUCCCACCCCACAACGUGGAGGGUCAGGUGUUGCUAUGACGGGGUUCCUCUCCCACCGGGGUCUGCAGCUGACAGAGCCUGCUUCAACCUCUGGGACGUACGUGGCUCUGGCUCCCACCUGUUCACUUAGUAAGGACCUCCCCUCUACGACGACAACGGGAGAUGCAUGCAGAAGGAAAAAAACAAAGACCAACGUUCCUGUGACGCGCAGGAAGAAAGGUCAAAUGGACACAGCCGUUAAGAAGACUUCAGUGAAGGACUGUACCAGUAUGAGCUCUGCUGCUGGUUCCACCGUCUUGCCUUUCACCACCUCCAGCCUCUCCACCUCCAGCCUCUCCACCUCCAGCCUCUCCACCUCCAGCCUCUCCACCUCGUGCCCCUCUACCUCCAGCCCCUCCACCUCCAGCUCUGACAGUAGGGUGUCGUCAGGCGAACCGGACGGAGGAGGAGGAUGGAGCGAAAGGAAAUGGAUCGUGAACGAGUCGAAGCUCAAGGAGCUUUUCCAGACGUGUCACCAGUGCGGCGCUGCGUUGCGUAAUCGGACCAUUACCGCGUUGGGCUACAGCCAAAUCAAAGUGACCUGGACUUGUCCCGAUGAGCACCGAGGAGAGUGGCAGUCGUGUCCCGACGCGUUCGGUAUCGGUCACUACCUGCAGAUGGUGGGUUACAGAGUGUUGCUGGACUCCAUGAAUAGUCCGUUUGUAAGUCAGGACUAAGCAUCUGCUACAGUGUGUCUUAUCUAGCAAAUACCAGGGUCGUAGUAGCCUCCUGUUACCAGACUGAUGACCUGCUGCCAGACUGAUGACCUGCUGCCAGACUGAUGACCUGCUGCCAGUCUGAUGACCUGCUGCCAGACUGAUGCGGAGCAAAACACAAUGGAAACUUUACAGGACUUCACUAUAGAUGUACUGGGUUGAGGGGUACCUCUCUAUGGAUGUACUGGGUUGAGGGGUACCUCUCUAUGGAUGUACUGGGUUGAGGGGUACUUCACUAUGGAUGUACUGGGUUGAGGGGUACCUCUCUAUGGAUGUACUGGGUUGAGGGGUACCUCUCUAUGGAUGUACUGGGUUGAGGGGUACCUCUCUAUGGAUGUACUGGGUUGAGGGGUACCUCUCUAUGGAUGUACUGGGUUGAGGGGUACCUCUCUAUGGAUGUACUGGGUUGAGGGGUACCUCUCUAUGGAUGUACUGGGUUGAGGGGUACCUCUCUAUGGAUGUACUGGGUUGAGGGGUACCUCUCUAUGGAUGUACUGGGUUGAGGGGUACCUCUCUAUGGAUGUACUGGGUUGAGGGGUACCUCUCUAUGGAUGUACUGGGUUGAGGGGUACCUCUCUAUGGAUGUACUGGGUUGAGGGGUACCUCUCUAUGGAUGUACUGGGUUGAGGGGUACCUCUCUAUGGAUGUACUGGGUUGAGGGGUACCUCUCUAUGGAUGUACUGGGUUGAGGGGUACCUCUCUAUGGAUGUACUGGGUUGAGGGGUACCUCUCUAUGGAUGUACUGGGUUGAGGGGUACCUCUCUAUGGAUGUACUGGGUUGAGGGGUACCUCUCUAUGGAUGUACUGGGUUGAGGGGUACCUCUCUAUGGAUGUACUGGGUUGAGGGGUACCUCUCUAUGGAUGUACUGGGUUGAGGGGUACCUCUCUAUGGAUGUACUGGGUUGAGGGGUACCUCUCUAUGGAUGUACUGGGUUGAGGGGUACUUCACUAUAGAUGUACUGGGUUGAGGGGUACUAGUGUAUUGUCAGAUAACCUGAGGAGAUGGUAUGUUCCCUGCUGAUAUCUGAUUAAUAUCAGGUCCGACAUUAAAAUGUUACUGUCAUUAAUGAA